AUGAGACAGCAGGAGAUAGAAGCCAACAAGGAUGUGGAGCUGAGGCGAGCUGAACUAGGGAUAGCUCCCACUGCUCCGCCGCAACAGGAAGACCGACGAGUGAGGGAGCGAGAUCUGCCGGUAUUCAUACCAAGUGAAGCCGAAGCCCACCCAGCUACCCACUCCCGGCGGUUGACCCGACAACCAUCGUCCACCAAUGCCCAGUGUCGACCAACGCUCACUGUCGACCAACGCCUACUGUCGACCAACGCCCACUGUAGACCAACGCCCACUAUCGACCAACGCCCACUGUCGACCAACGCCCACUGCCGACUAACGCCCACUGUCCACCAACGCCCACUGUCGACCAACGCCCACCGUCGACCAACACCCACUGUCGACCAACGCCCACUGUCGACCAACGCCCACUGUCGACCAACGCCCACUGUCGACCAACGCCCACCGUCGACCAACGCCCACUGUCGACCAACGCCCACCAUCGAUCAACACCCACUAUCGACCAACGCCCACCCUCGACCAACGCUCACUGUGGACCAACGCCCACCGUCGACCAACGCCCACUGUCGACCAACGCCCACCGUCGACCAACGCCCACUGUCGACCAACGCCCACUGUCGACUAACGCCCACUGUCGACAACGCCCACUGUCGACCAACGCCCACCGUCGACCAACGCCCACUGUCGACCAACGCCCACUGUCGACCAACGCCCACCGUCGACCAACGCCCACCGUCGACCAACGCCCACCGUCGACCAACGCCCACUGUCGACCAACGCCCACUGUCGACUAACGCCCACUAUCGACCAACACCCACCGUCACCCCCCGCCCACCGUCACCUCCCGCGCAUCGUCACCCAACGCCCACUGUUACCCCACCCCCACCGGCACCCCACGCCCACCGUCACCCCACGCCCACCGUCACCCAACGCCCACU